AUGUGGAGCCUCGAGAAUAACCCCAAAGACAAAGACCACGAGGCCUUCGAGUGUCAGGCGGAGACAGGAGAGCUACUCGCACCAACGGUGCCACGUCCUCCUUCUCACGACCGCCGUUUGACAUUUGAAUUGGCAUAUGCGAGUGGACAUGGCGAUCCCACGUUGCCGUAUUCGAGCCAUGACAGUGUGGAUGUUGAAGUACCUGACGAAGUUGUACCAGUCGAGACCGAUCCGGGUUAUGGCGAACAGCUUGCCGACUCGAGUGGUCUAGCAAACCACAGCCAGCAGACGGAAGAUCUCGAGAAAAACGGCAGUGAUGAAACGGAAGACCAGGACGACGAAGAGGAAGCUGAAGAUGGUGACGACGUUGGAGAAGAAGCCAAGAAAGAAGAAAAAGAAGAAGGGCUGUUCGAUGGAGACAAUUUGGAUUUGGAUUUGGACAGUAUUCAGGAUGACUCCGUCAGCACCGUGCACAGUGCCGAAGACCGCGAGGCAGCCAUUCGAGAAGGAUUUUUUGGCUUCUUUUUUGGGUACAUUUCAGACUCUAUUGGUUGUGGUGCCUUUGAUCAGCUCAUGGCUUCACUGAUGGCGCUCAUGGCACCCAUCGUUGCCAUGGGGACCAAAUUGCUAAAAAAAGUUAAAGGAGAGGAUGACAAUGGACAAGAGGAUGCAGUUCAAGAGAUCAUUGAUAAUGUGCAAGGCACUGGAGCCAAUCCAUUCACUUCUGGUGGUGGCGGUGGAGGUGGAGGCGGCCCUCCUCCUGGGGUGGCCGAAAUGGCAACAGCCGCAUCCCAGGGAGCUGCCAGUGCGGGGGCGGCUGGUGCUGCCAGUGCGGGAGCAGCUGCUGCUGGAGCAUCCAUUGGAGGUAUUGCUGGAGUAGCUGGGGCUGUAGCUGGAGCAGGACUUGCUGCACAGGCUGGAGUUGCGGUAGGUGUUGCUGCUGUUGCUGCAGCUGCUGUCUCGGGUGGUGUUGCGAUGACUACCAGCGUGGUAAAUACUACCGUCCCCGUGAACCUUUAUGGUGACUUUGUGCCACCGUUCUGCUCGGAAGCAUCAGACAACAAAUUUGGCUAUGUUGAAUUGACAAUAUCAGGAAUACCCCCCAGUGCUCUAGAGGACAAUGAAGCCAGAGGCAGCCUGGAGGACCUGUUUCGAAACGUUUACAAUGAAAUCACGUAA